AUGGAAUACGAAUACAAUGGAGAAGUGACAGUUUACAAUAAUAACAGUCAGAAAUUGAAUUACAAUUGUAAAAAUGAGUUUUACAAUCAUAUAAAUAACGAAUGUUUCGAUAAAAUCAGACAAAAAGAUUACGUUAGUAAAAACUAUGGAAUGAAAAUGGAGGAGCAAAUGGGACAAAAUUUGAACACUCCGUUUUCCGUCAAGGACAUUCUGAAUAUCAAUCAGCAGCCGAAUUAUUACGAACGAAACGAUGCAUGGAAACCGAGCGAUAGAGACAGAAGACUCGAGUAUCCUCACGACCAGAUAUACCAUCAGACACAAUAUUGUUCCCCAGAUUAUUUCAACCAAGUAUAUCCAAAUAUACCUGUGCAUGCAAACGUCGAUCCUUAUUGGAGCCAGGAUAUGUACCACGAUCCUAAAAUUGAGGAAUACUACAGUUAUAAUCAGUACUGUCAUAAUUUAUAUCAUCCGAACUAUGACUAUACUGAAGCAGUUACAGCUCAUCAGAUUGAAAGUCACCAGAAGGAACCUGUUUUACGGGAUCCCAUUCAUGUUCCUAGUAAUCCAAUAUUAGAACACAAGAAUGAAAAACAUGCUGAGCAAGUAAUAGAUACAACAUACAGUCAUACGGAAUUAUUUGAGAAAAUUACAUCCACGCCGAUCAAAAAUACUAGAGAGCCAUCGGCAGCAUCCAGUAAACAAGAAAGAAAAGAUAAAAACGCGAAAAGAAAACCAAGAAUCCUAUUCUCACAAACCCAAGUUCACGCCCUGGAAAUCAGAUUUCGGGCUCAAAAAUACCUCACCGCCCCCGAAAGAGAAGAACUAGCAAAAAAUCUAAACCUAACACCUACUCAAGUAAAAAUAUGGUUCCAAAACAGGAGAUACAAGAGUAAGAGGAUCAAAUCACCGGAAGUAUCGACAUCAACUGACGCAAAACCAAAUAAAAACACGUCCAACAGAAAACUUUACAAGACAGAUAAUAAAUUGAAUUCGGUGUAUGAUUACAAAACCGAUGUAGAAGAUGUUUUAUCAAAAGGUUUGAAUAACGAUGAAAAUUUGACUACUACAAUUUAUUUUGACGACAGCCUUACAUAUGAAGAAAACACGCAUGAUAAAUAUUAUGAUGGUAAAUUGGAAAUUGACGAAUCCAUAGAGACACACUCUGAUAUGUCAGGUUAUUUAAAAUGCCCACCUGAUGUUCACAUAGAUACAACCAAAGUCCACCCAAGCGACGGUCCAGAACUAAAGAAGUAUUUUAAUAACAUGCAUUACUUAUGUUCCUAG